CGGGUCUGUUUCCUGAUUCGUCAUAGAAGCCACAGCCAGGCUGCCGGGAAGACGUUGUUCCCCUUCCUUGGGGCUGCUGACGUGGCCGCCGUGACAACCAUGAGACCGGCAGGGCCAGCCUCUCAGUGGCCACACCCUGUGCGUCAGUACUUACAGCGCCAUGGGCUCCAUCUGCACACUCGGGACCAGAUCGAGAAGACGCCAUGACCCCCACCCUCACGGCCCUGCUCUGCCUCGGGCUGAGUGUGGGCCUCAGGACCCCAGUGCAGGCAGGGCCCCUCCCCAAACCCACCAUCUGGGCUGAGCCAGGCCCUGUGAUCGCCUGGGGGAGCUUGGUGACCAUCUCCUGUCAGGGGACCCCAAGGACUGAGAAGUAUGGUCUAUAUAAAGAGGGAAGCCCAGCACCAUGGAAAAUAGAGAAGCCACUGGAGCCCGGGGACAAGGUGAUGUUCUCCAUCCCACACAUGACAGAGCGUGAUGCUGGGAUAUUUCACUGUUACUAUUACAUCCCUGACGUCUGGUCAGAGCGCAGUGACCCCCUGGAGCUGGUGGUGGUGACAGGAUCCUACAGCAAACCCAGCCUCUCAGCCCUGCCCAGCCCUGUCGUGACCUCAGGAGGGAACGUGACCCUCCAGUGUGGCUCAGGGCAGGGAUUUGGCAGGUUCAUUCUGACUAAGGAAGGAGAUCACAGGCUCUCCUGGACCCAGGACUCACAGCGACAGCACAGUGGGCGGUUCCAGGCCCUGUUCCCUGUGGGCCCCGUGACCCCUGGCCACAGCUGGAUGUUCAGAUGCUAUGGCUGUUACAGGAACAAGCCCCAGGUGUGGUCACACCCCAGUGACACCCUGGAGCUCCUGGUCUCAGGAUCCUCUGUGGACCCAAACACCCUACCCCCAGAGCUCACCUCCACCACUGGAUCCUCUGGGGACCCCAGCUCCCUACCCCCAAAGCUCACCUCCACGACUGGUCUUCAAAACUUCCAUGAAAUUCUGAUCGGAGUCUCUGUGGCCUUCAUCCUGCUGCUCUUCCUCCUCCUCCUCCUCUUCUUCCUCCUCAAGCAUCGGAACAAACGCAGCAGGUCAGGUGCUUCGAACCUUGAAGUGAAGACCAGAGCACUGCAGAAAAGCUCCAGCUCCAUGGCUGAUGUCCAGGACCAGAACCAGUGUGACGGUAAUCAUGGAGGAGAUGCUCCCAUAAGAGAAUCCCAACCUGAGGAGGACAGAAAGAUGAACAGCCAGGACACUCCAUCUGAGGAUGCCCAGGAUGUGACCUACGCCCAGCUGAAUCACUUGACCCUCAAACGACAGACAACUGCACCCCCUUCUCCCCCGUCAGACCAGCUCCAAGUUGAGCCCAGCGUGUAUGCUUCUCUGGCCAUCCACCAACCCUGUGACGGGAAGGACCAGCCUCCAAGUGACCACCACCUGUGUGUCUGUCUGUCCAUUCCGCUGGCCCUGUGGCCUCCUCCAUCUGCUCAGCUGAGGCCUCCGGGAGAAGAUGCCAUGACUCCCACCCUCAGAGCCCUGCUCUGCCUCGGGCUGAGUGUGGGCCUCAGGACCCCAGUGCAGGCAGGGCCCCUCCCCAAGCCCACCCUCUGGGCUGAGCCAGGCCCUGUGAUGCCCCAGGGGAGCCACGUGACCAUCUGGUGUCAGGGGACCCCAGGGGCUGAGGAGUACCUUCUGGAGAAAGAGGGAAGCCCACGACCAUGGAAAAGACAGGAGCUACUGGAGCCCGGGGACAAGGCCAAUUUCUCCAUCACACACAUGACAGAGUAUGAUGCAAGGACAUAUCACUGUUACUAUCACAGCCCCACCGGCUGGUCAGAGCGCAGUGACCCCCUGGAGCUGGUGGUAACAGGAUUUUACAGCAAACCCAGGCUCUCAGCCCUGCCCAGCCCUGUCGUGACCUCAGGCGGGAACGUGACCCUCCAGUGUGGCUCAAGGCAGAGAUUUCACAGAUUCAUUCUGACUAAGGAAGGAGAUCACAGGCUCUCCUGGACCCUGGACUCACAGCCACAGCCCAGUGGUCAGUACCAGGCCCUAUUCCCUGUGGGCCCUGUGACCCCCAGCCACAGGGGGACGUUCAGAUGCUAUGGCUGUUCCAGGUACAACCCCCAGGUGUGGUCACACCCGAGUGACCCCCUGGAGCUCCUGGUCUCAGGAGCAGCUGACACCAUCAGCCCCUCACAGAACAACUCAGACCCCAAGAGUGCCUCCCACUUCCAAGACUACACUGUGGAGAAUUCCAUCCGGUUGGCCGUGGCUGGAUUGGUCCUGGUGGUGCUUGGGGUGCUGCUACUUUGGUCUCAAAACAGCCAGAGAAGGACCCAGGAAGCAGCCUGGACGUGAACAUGGAGGGAAAGUGCAUGGUUCAGAGAGGGGGAUCUUGGGAAGGUUCUGGAAGAUAAUGUGGGACAUAUGCUGAGGGACCUGUCUGCAGCUCCUUGCAGGUGGAGGAGUCAUCGCUCAUGUGCAGGGACAAGGUCUUGACCUUCUGCCCUUGGACUGUGGUCCUUUCCCUCCCGGCCCCCGUGAGUCCUGUGACUGGUUCCUGACUUUCCCCAUUUUGGUAAAAUUAGUAUUUAUCCCACAUGGCAAAUACAGGUCCACACCUCCCUACACUUGCAUGGAAUAUGUUUUCAUUUAUUUCUAACCACACGGACCUUGAUGUCUGCACUGAGUCCAAUGCCUGCCGUCUAUUGUAAUCAAUCUACAAGAUGCACAAUCCAUCCUGCUAAAGAUGAACCCACAGGAGGUCCUAAUGGCCUCUAUGGACUCCACACGCCCCUCACCUGCCCUUGAGGCCACCUGUGAGCUUUCUGCAGCAACCUCACCCCUUGGGAUGUAGACCUGGUUGUUUGAAGGGGUCCCCUGGUCUGUGCUGCCUCUGAAACCCCCAUUGUUCAAAAAAGUGCAAGACACAGAUGAUGGGUUACAGAUGUACACACUUGAAACCUAUGUCCUGCUAUUCACCGAUUGCACUCCAAUGAAUUUAAUAUAAAAAUCACUGAUUCCUUGCAUUUGCCACUUUCUCUGGUAUAUAUGCCCCCUUCAUGGCCAAGGUCAAGUGCCCAUAUAAGGUCCUCACGCAGACUUGGAAGGUGAUGCAUAAACUGACCCUCACAAAACAAUACAAGCCGAUGUGGGACACCUUUAACACCACACUGAUAGCCCCACGGUGCUCCGAAGUCCUUUCUAGUUUAUGUGUAACGAUGGUUUCUACUUCAAGGUUGGGGCACAGUUUCCAUGAAAACACAAGACCACAGUCCCAACCCAUCCAGAUGAGAUGCACAGAGAAAUGUUUUAAUAUCACUUGUGGGAGAGAUGAAUAAUUUGUACAUAUUAGACCAGGCAUUCGUGUCAUUUGCUCUUAUUAAAAGUUUUUUUCACCCAUUUCAUUGAUCUUAUAAAUGUUCAGUUGAGUCUCCAAAUUUGUACAGACUUUAUGUAUUUCAAGGACAUGUGAUGAGUGUCUGUUUAAUAUAGUAUUUGAAAGACUAAAAUGAAUUUUAUAACACACAAUUGCAUCAUAUUGUUGAAUAUUUAUAUAGCAAUCAGCCAAUUUUAUUAAAUGAUGACAAUACAUUCUUUAUUCAUACAACAUACCCUUUAAUGAUUUGGGAUAAGAGUGUAUGGCUGCAUACAUUUGGUUUUAUUGGCAGGUGUCCUUUGAUCUAACCCUUGAUCCAGCCAUUAAUCUUUUAAUGUUUGGUCAUAACUUAAAACAUUUUCAUUGUUACCACCUUUUAUUUAAGUAGAGUUUUUUGUUAAGUAACUUUUGAACUUUAAGAUUUUUAAUCAUUUUUUAUUUUUCAACUACAGUUGAUAUACAAUUCAAUAUUAGUUUCAGGUGUACACCAUGGUGAUUAGACAUUAUAUAACUUUCUAAGGGAUCAUCCCAAUAAAUCUUAUACCCAUCUUGACACCAUACAUAGAUAUUAGAAUAUUAUUGACUAUAUUUCUUAUGCUGUACAUAAAUCCUUUGACUAUUCUGUAACAAUCAAUUUGUACUUCUUAAUCCCCUCACCUUUUUCACCAGCCCCCAUACCCCUCUCAUCUGGUGAGAAUAAAUUUAUU